CCCCAUCCGUACUCCCCCAAUCUCCCCUCGCACUGCUCCACCCCCCCCUCAACGAUGCACCCGCCGCUCACCAUCCACCGCCACCCAGGCUGCGAAGAAAUCAUUCACAAGUUGGAAGCUUGUCAUAAAGACUGGGUCAAGAAGUUCUCGGGGGGGUGUAAUGAUUACAAGCAGGAGUUGACGUUGUGCUUGAGGGCUGAGCGUCUCCAAAACCAGAAGGCGAACCAAGCACAAGUCGCUGACAAGAAACGGAGAGUGAAGGAGAAGUGGGCGGAGAUCGAGGAGAACUCGUGAAAUUGCACCCCACGCGCUACUAAAAGAGAAACGAACGGAUGGAGAAGGGUGUUUAGCAUAGAGUUUGGAGUUAUAGACGACGAGGCGUUGGAAAUACUAUUGUGGAGGAAGCCUGGAUGUAUGACAACGACCACGUAUGUGAGGGGGGUUGCGGGACGAAUUUUC